AUGUGGGAAUACAUCGCCGUGCUUCUGCUUGGCUUCUGGCUCGGAGUGGCCAUAUUUCUUUAUGUAUCCUGCUUCUGGCUUGAGGAGAUACUCGAUUUGCCCCAACAACGCCUAGGGCACAACGCGCACAACCACACCGGUGCGAGUGGCCCUCACGCGCAACUAAAGCGCUUAGUAGCACGAGUUGUGGAAGAAGCUGCAGCGCUGCCGGCGCUUGCGCGGUACGCAGCCGAAGACCAUACACCUACAGAGUCAUCUACCUAUGAAGAUCUACUCGCCACUGCUAUAUUAAAUAAGGUGAUUGAGCGCUAUCAAACUGAAAGCGGGUCCGGUGGACGCAGUAGCGGAAUCCAUUCCGCCAGUGCGAGCCCUUCGCCAUCUGACAGAUCAUCUCCACGCUCUCUUAACUCCAGAACUACUAGAGAGAUCACUCCACCCAUCCAUGCAGAAGAAGAUGACGCAUCAGACUGGGAAGAAGGAGAGGCUACGGACGAAGCCCUUGAAGUUCCGCGCCGUGUGCCGUUCCCUGAAUUCGGAGGUGACAUAGUGCAUACAUCAGAUAAUGAAUUCCGUGAUUUUGAUGAAGUAUCCGGUAGCGAUAUACAAGCGGUGGAUGGUACUUGGGAAGAGAACUGGUUAUUCCAAAAGAAAAAGAUAAAGAACAUACAAUCUGCACCAGUUCCAAUGCUCGUACCCAACUCCAACACUCAAUACAGAGCUCUGAUAGGUGACAGAGAUGCAGAUGACACCACUGAUCUAUCCGACAACGGGUCCGAUAAUGAAGAAGAGUUAGAAUACACCAGCGACGUUAAAAAAGUUCUAAACUCCAAACACCUUAUUGGAGGUAAACCUAAAGUGGAAGAAAUUUUAGACUUUGAACCUGACAGUUUGAUGAUUAUAGAUGCAAAUGAAGAAUAUGAAAAAAAUAAUGAAAUCAUCGAAAAUGGAGAACCAGUGAACGCCACUAAUAAAGAUGUUUUCACCCAAAAAGACAUAAAUCACGAUAAUAUUGUCUACAAUAACGACAAUAGUCACGAUUCUAUACUCUUGCUGAGUGUAAACAGUGGACCUAUAUCGACGGCAGAGUUUAAUUUGAAGGAAGAAAUACACAGAACUGCUCUAAACGGUCAUGCAGGUACUUUUGAGAAUGAGACAGUGGGAGUAGACACAAUAGACGCAAGCAUUACCCCUCAAGUCAAAGAAACUACAAACAGUCGUUCAGAGCGUGAGAGAGAAUAUGAAGAAACAGAAACACUACCGGUCCAAAGAUACGCAGACAGUCUACGUAAGAAACAUUUCGAAGAGCCCCAAGAAUUCUCUCCACCUAAUCCUGAGAGAGAAGAUGAUUUAAUUCCAGGAUCCAUAGCGGAUAGAGAACGCAAAAAGUGGCUCAAUUAUGUAGAGAUGCCAAACAAUCCAUAUUCCCCAGAAGCUAUUAAAAAGCGGCUUUCAGCGAAAAAUACAUCUUCUUUGUUUGAUAUUAUAACAACGAAGAAAGAUUUAGAAGAACCAAGUCUAACAAGCGAAAAUAUUUCAAAAAUGAAUAACGGUGUCCAUGAUCAGGAAACAAGCGAAAAUAAAUUAGAACACAAAAUGGAUAAACGUCAAUUAAAUUUGAGUAUAAGUACAGACGAUGACACGUAUGAGAAAAGAUCUAUGAGCCCGUCGCCUAAAAAGUUAAAAGACGUACUGUCAGAUGAAAUUUCACAAUAUAAACGCUACGGGCGGGACUACUACAUCAAGGAGGCGAGGGCGUCUUCCGGCGAGCGUAAACGCGCCAUCAGCGGGUCGAGCUCGAUCGCGAGUUCACUAAACAAGUCCACGAGCUUAGAGAAUGUCGAUAGAGAGACCGCGUCGCCCGGACUAUUAAUACAACAGUUCAACACAAUAGCUACCAAUCAACAGUAUACGAAAUUCACUAAAGAUAUAGAGCCGGUGUCGAUGACAACUAUGCCGAUCGAAUAUAAAAAUGAAAUAAUCAUAGAAUACGAGGAUGUAAAUGAGCAUACACUAUUUGCUGCGAAACCCACUUACACAGACGAAGACACGGACAAAAAAUUCGAAGAAAUACUAAAAUGCGCAUACAAAUCAGAUACAAGUUCACUUAAUAUAAAUAUAGAAAAUGAACGUGAAAAAUCACCAUCAAGCAUUGAAAAUUCGUUAAGCUCGAGCAGCAUAGGUGAUUCAAUUAAAAUAUACAACGUGCAAACCGGUGAGAUUGUGAAAUGUAAACCGGAAGAUAAGUUAUCAACGAGAUACGAAACGCCUGACAGAAAUGACAACAUCGAUAUACCUGAUAAGAACAAAAUGGGAGAAGACGCCGAAAUAUCCAGUGACAGUAGCGAUGUGAAAGAGGUCACGGUUAUAAUUGAAGAAUUAAAGGAAGAAACUGAUCAAGUGACGGAUGAAACGGAUGAGCUAGCUCAUUUGCCGAGUGUUAAGGAACUAGCAAGGAAAUUCGUUAGUAUGGAAAGCCUAAGUGAACCUGUCAAGCCACCGCAGCCUGUUUUGAGGCGUCGGAAGAGCAAAGAGAACAUGCUCAGUCCAGACACGAAACCUGCAAACAAACUGACGUACAUGCACAGUCUUACCGCUAGAAGUAUUUCCAAGGAAUUCAGAGAAGAACUUAAGUUGUCUAUGGCAACCCCUCUGACAGUUCCCGGCGGUUCUAAAGAAAUGCCAGAAGGCACAGAAGAAAUAACUAGAGAAUCUAGCCGGCCCGGAAGUCCUGUUCCUGAACCCGGAACCAUAAAGUCUAAAUUAGCCUUUUUCGAAAGUCUUAAACAAAAAAUUAGCAACAAAUAAAUGUAUUUAAUGAAUCAUCUUCAAAUUCUCGAAAAUGAUAUAAUUUAUUUAUCUAAAACUUCUUGGUAGGAGAACUGAUUACAUAUAGAAAUUUUUUUUUUCUUUUUUUUAGUAUUUAACUUUUGAUUAGGUACCGUUAGUUUUCGUCGUGACUACGACUUAUUUACUAUUUUGUAAAUUAGUUGUGUAGUUAGUUAGUAGCUCGAUUAAAAAUAAAGAAGAAAAAAACGAAUAUUCACGAAUAAAUAUGAGUACAGUUUUAGAUUCAAGCUAGAAUGAAUGUAAAUGUUAAGUAACAAAGAAUUUUAAUUUUUUUUAAAGGAAAAAAAAAAACAAUGAUUUUAAUCAAAUUCGUGCCAUUCUGCGCAAGAAUAAAAUACAAUAAUUAUGUAUUUACAUUCCUUACAUUUUUGUUUCGAGGUAUUAACAAUAUGGUGUGGUUGUAAUUAGAUUAAUAAACAGUAGAAUUAAAUUAAUUUAUAUUUAAAAAAAAAAUAAUGGUCACAAUAGAUAAUAAAUUCAUAUCCAUUAGGUUAUGGUGUAAAUACUUAGUGCCAUUUUGUAAUCAUUUAUAGCUAACGCCAAAGUUGUAAAUAUAACAUUCAUUAUUAGCGAGUAGAUUAUCUCGAGGUUGUGUGCAAGCAUAGUGGUUAGAGUCCAGAAGAAAAAAUAGCUAAAAUAGAUAAAAACAAACUAAAUCGUUUCUCUAAGUUAAUUAUAGGAUGACUAACAAGAUUUAAGCCUAAUAUAUAAAAAUCACGGUUACUUUAAAAAAAUGAAAAUGUCAAAUCAAUCAAUAAUUAUAGACGAGUGAUUCAUUUUGACACUUGAAAUUUUAAAACAUGCCUGGCUAUAAAGCGUCAUGUCUUCUUGUCUUUAACCUUUGUGUGAUCAUAUAUUUAGUUAGUCACAUAGGACGAGCAAUAAAUAUACUUAAGUUGGUAAAAUAGUACUUAGUGACUGUAAACAGAAUCUAAGCCAACAUGUGUAACCAAACUUGAAUCACAAUUUCAAAAGUUCCAUUGUAUACUUGUGACGUAAUAGUGAUGUCAAUUAUAGUAAUAAAAAAUCAACAACAGUA